CGGCGGCACCCUUGCGCGGGCGUGGGCGCGGGAGCAGGCGGAGACGCGCGCCCGCCGCCGGAUCGCACCUACUCUUUACGGCGAUAGUGGCCGGCGGCGGCCACUGGCCGCGCGGAACCGUCACCCGCAUGUCGGCACACGCCGCCUAUGUGCGGCACGGACAGCUCGGACGCAAUGUGCGGCCGGCAUUCCACGGCGGCGGUGAGCAGGCAAUCGAAGUGCAACGCGGCGCGCUCUGCGUCCAGAAGCCGCCACGUGGUCAUCGGGAUGACGAUGACGUGGCAAGUCACGGUCGUCCGAUCGCCAACGGCGUGGGAUCGAGGCCGCCUCCGCUCUUCGUGAGCGCUUUGUAUCGAUGGAAUUCUGCCACGCACCGGGGCAGCUUAUGCUUAAGAACGCACUGUCGUAGCUACUGCUACCACCCCGUUUUCUCUUCAUCGCCGUCCGCUAUUCCUCAGCACAGUCACCAUCCUAAGCGUCACGGCCAUAAGCGUCUUUCGCAAGAUGUUCGUCGACGUCAUCCUCCUCCUCAAGAUCCCCUUAUCCCCUGUGGAGGAUACCAUAAUCCGAAUGACCGUUUGCUCUGCUCUUGUGUCUGCGACUUCAUGUUAAUUGGUCUCAGAAUUAGAAAUCCGUCUGUCAGAUCAUCAUUUGACGUGUCUGCCGGGUCGGGGUCGGGAGCGGGAUGCGUCGAUGGCCGCGCGUCGUCGAGGAUACCGGCGCACGCCCACCUGCUUUCUUGCCCAUCAUCGAGGAUGACUGUGGUUUGCGACGACUCGGGGGGAUGGAUUUGGCGCGUCCGAUUUCCAGCGCCAAGACGACGACCGAUGACCUCGGCCCAAUUUCCCGCUCGAAAAUGGCCGUCGCAUUGCCUCAGGUCUCGCCCACCUGGGCGGAGAUGGCGGGAAGCGGAAUUGCCAGUUGUCGGCCGCUCGGCGCGAGUCACGUCAGCAACGACGUCAUCAACAGGCGUUCGCAGACAUGUAUGCCGAGCGCUCCAAUUAGUCGACCAAUUAGCCAUGGCUGAUUAUGGGUUACGGCUGUCCUCGUAUUCUUGGGAUUGUCGUUGGGCGGCACCCGGUGCAUGGUCGUGCGAUUGCCAUCAGAGGGUCAAGGCCGCGUGUCAUGCACUCGACGGCGAUGGGCUCGGAUUGGGGGGGGAGCCACGUGGAGGCGACACAGGCACGAGCGCUGGUGACCAUCUGGAUCCCGAUCAUCGCGAGGCUGCCGCGACGUCCAGAUCUGCUGCUGUGGACGGAGUACUCGAGGGUAGUCCUCCCAUCUUAGAGGAGCUGUCGCAGGGGUUCCCCCAAGGAGCAGGAGGAGAUUUUGAUCACCAUGGCGAUGAUGACGACACGUCGGAUGGUUUCGUUGCCAGGGUUGAUGGCUCAUCAGGGUCGAUUAGCAGCGGAUUGGAGAAGCAUGCCAUGCGUCUGACCGACGUGGCAGGAUCGUUGUCGGGAUCGCGAUCGGCGGCGGCGUCCUCGUUACAUGGUAUCGGUGAGACGAGAGCAGAGGGUUCGGGGAAGGACGAGGAGGAAGUAGGAGCGGGGAGAGAGGAGGAGUCGGGAUCUGACUUCAACCACGUGUCGCGUCAAGGCAGUCGACGCAAACGGGGACGAAGAGAAGGGAGAGCAAACAGAUCGAACGGCCAACAGCAGCUCAGCUGCACGCGUGGCCUUCCCGUGCUUCAGCAAUUCUUGGAGCGAGAGGACCACAGGGAUUUUAACAGUAUUGAGUUGAAUCAUUUCAUCGAUUGGUUAGAGAAACUAGUCGAUCAGAGAAUGGCUGACGAUCCUGUCUUUCGGCAGCGCGAUCUAAUCUGCCAUAUCCUUCGUACUUACUCGGGUCAGCUCCGUGAACUUGAGGAAGCAGUGGAGGAAGCGAGGAAGAAGUUUUCUGCUUGUAAAAACGCCAAGGCCAUCCGCGAAUUAUCACGCGAAAUAAAACGAUGCGUUCAAGCGAAAGGCGGCCUGCUGAAGUUCUUGGCCGAAGCCAGGUCAAUGGGGUUAAUUCCACCACCAAAUCCCCAAGAUCACCCUGCCAGUUUGCCAUCGUCACCAUCCGGCUCAUCGUUGUCCUCACGGUUAUCUUCACAGUCAACCAUACCAUUACCGUCACCAGCAAGCCGAGCUAUCAACAUCCGGCCGGGCCGAAGAAGCAGCACUCUGCUACCCAAAGACGAGCUUAGAAGAACAGAUCCAACGGCAGAGAGCAAUGACGAGUCUAACCUGGAAGAUCCCCUCCUAGGUGACACUGGGGAAAGUACUACUCAGCCAUCUGAUCACUCCUCUAUGCUGCAAAUGCAAGUGCAGGACGAAUCACAGUCUGACAGAGACAGAUCAGACAGCAUCCUUCUUGAUAAUGCAGAAGGGGGAGUGAAGAAAAGUGGGGAAUUGGAAGAAGGGAGGAGGAGGAUGCCAUCAGACUCAGUCGACAAAUAUGUAAGGAGGGAGAGAGGAUCAGGGCCGGAUUUGCACGCGGAGACUGACGUGGCAAGUGGUAUCCCGUCUGCCGUUUAUCAGGAUGAUGUGGCAGCAAUCGGGAGAGCGAAUGCUGCGCAAUCAGCUGACAAUGCCAAUGAGGCGAAUGAGGGGAAUAAGGCGCCGAUGACAGAUGAAACACAGCAGGCAAACGAGGGUAGAGACGUGCUGAUGACUUAUGAAACACAGCAGGCUUUCCCCGAUAAACUGGGGCGGCGGCAUUUCGAGGAUGAGCGUCGAGCAGGUGCUGUGUCUCUGUCACCAUCAGUUGGCGAAGAGGAUAGGCCACGUCCUGAAAAUGGAGAUGACAUUCCGGAGACCGCCACUGCAAGUUCGGUAGGAAGCAGAGGCAACACGUUUGUAGACACUGCAGUGGACCAGGUUCGCUCUUCGCAGGCUGGUCAUGGUGCUCGCGACAGGCUGCAGGAAGAUUGGGUGCCGCCGCUUGCUGAAGUGGAUGAUUCCGAUGCCUUGGCACAAAAGCAGUUCCGAAGGCUGAAAAGAAGAUGUGAAGCAGCGCAGCGGAAGCUUGCGCGCAUGGAGUUGGUCUUGCCAGAAUUGGAAUUCAUGUAUGAAGAACUCAGCAAGCGAACUCCCGAGCUGCAGGUGAGAGGGGGUGAUGGUGCAGGUGGCGGGGGAAGCAUCGAAAUGGUCCCCCGUGGUUUUUGUUGGAGGCGGGGAACGGAGGAGGAUGCAGGGAUUCUGUCGAACGUCACUCUGGGUAUGGCGGUUGGGGAAGUGGAUAAGAUGCCUAACGACAAGAACACGAAGUACUUGUUGAGGAAUCACAAGGGAGGCGAGGCCGAAUCGGAUGUGCAUCGUGGUGAUGCAUCACAUGGAGAGGAAGGUUUGGAAGAUCCGCAAACAGACGAGCCCCAGCCACCGCCUGUUGCAGGGCGGGCAGUUGCCGGCAUUGCAAACAUGCUCGCCGAUGCACUUGAUGAGGCUGUCGACGCUGGAGGUGCAGCGGAGGGCGGAGGCGGUGAGGAAGGGCAAGGGGCUGGCAUUGCUUUCAAUUUCUUGAACAUGGACACGACUCAGACGUUGCAUGCCGUUUACCUGGAGGUAGCGAACGCGAGGCCGAAGGUGAAGCUACCAUCAUACAACUACAUGAGGACGGUCAUGCUGGACAUCAUCUACUUGAAGAUCCACAAGGAGGUGAACCCGAUGACGAGGUGUUGGGACUCGACUGGAUGCACGUUCAUCACGGACGGGUCAACUGACCGCAAGAAUCGGCCAGUGAUGAACUUCUUGGCGGCGGGGGAACAAGGGGCGGUGCUCGUGACGGUGACAAUGAGUGGCAGGAAGAAGAAUGCGGUGGCGUUGGCGAAGUUGUGGGAGCAGGUAAUGAGGGAGAUUGGACUGCAACGCAUCAACGCGAUCUGCACCGACAACGCCGAAGUUAACAAGAAGGCGGCGCAGAUCCUAGAAUGGUGCAAGGACAAGGACGUGGCGAGAAUUCCGUGGGUUCCUUGCGGGGCACACUGCUGCAGUCUCCUUCUCAAGGAUUUGGCCAACCUGUCGUGGAUCAAGGGCACAGUGAAAACCGCGAACACAAUCUGGAGAGCAUUGAGAUGGUCAGGGGAGAAGUUGCGCAGGAGAGCUAACCUCGUGUACUACACAGUGAGGUCGGAGGCAUGGUGGUCGCAGGUGAGGAAGAUUGUGGACAUCAUGCACCCGAUCUUCCAGUUGCUGAAGAGAAUGGACGCAGAAGGCACGCCUCCCACCAAUCUUGUUGAGUACGAUGAUAUGAUUCGGCGGAAAUUGACGAACGUGGUGCUGACGCAGAAGGAGCGGGAGGAUGUCAUGGAAAAGGUGCGUGACCGCGUGCAAAUGAUGAGGCAGCCGGUUCAUGCAGCUGCAUUCGUUCUUGAUCCACGGCGGUGGAAUGAACGCUGGCUCUUCGAUCAGAACAGUGCAGUGAUGCAAAAUGCAAUGCGCUACUUCUUGAGGCAGAUUGGGGGUGAGUGGAACAGCGAGGAACAUUCUGACUUGUGGGCGGAGUUGAUGGAGUUCCAAAAAGAGCCCGCGAGGGUUGCGACGGAGGAAGUGUGCACGGAGCCCGGGAAAGCUAUGAAGAAGCGCAAGGAUGAGCACAUGUGGAAACAACCGGCGGUGGACGAUGUGAGGAGGCUUAACCCUGCGACCUGGUGGGCAGCACAUGGCGGGGAUGUCCCAACACUUCAGGCAAUUGCAAUCAAGAUCUUACUGGGUUGGUUGACGGGCAAUCAAGAUUGUUACGAUGCGGCCACAUUUAAGAACAAAAAGUAUUUGGAAGGACAUUUCGAUCGAGAUGCCGUUCACUGGGAACACGGUCGGCAGUACGUGUUUUCCCAGGAGUCGUUUCAACGGUUCAAGCAAGAUCCGUCUCACCGUCUGUUCAUGAACGGUCUGUACUUUGCCGUCAAUAUGAGUCAGGGGGCAGGCGUGAUGACCGGCCUGGAUUCGAGAGCAUUGAACCUAAUUGCAGCCAAAGUUUCAGGAGAUACCCGUUUCCGGCCGAGGUUGUUGGACCAGAACACCGAGUACUUGAGCCAGCUCUUAGAGUGGUCUAAAGGGCGAAUCCGAUGCACUAUGAACACCAAGCAAGUCUUGACAUUGUACGCGGCCAGAAGGGAAUGGGCAGACCAAGUACUGUUUGUACAGAUUGAGGGAGGGGGCAAGCGAUCAGCUAUGCGCAGUCAAGCGAGUGCUGUUGCUACCGACCUUAGCGGCUCAACGUCUGGUCCUGGUGAUGUCAGCGUCGGAUUGGCGAACGGAGAAGUGAAGCCUGAAGAAGACAUCUUGUCUGGCGACGGCGGGAGAGGCAUGGACACGGAGGAGGUGGAGGAUAAGCAGCAGCAGGAAGGCAGGGUGUAAGUCGUUCAGAACUAUGGGAGGAGGUGGAGAUGGGAGAGCGUGCUUUUGCCCAGGUGUGAGGCAAGCUUGCAAUCGCGCCGAGAGAUGUGUGCGAACUUCGCAGGGGUGGUCUGGAAAAGAGCAUCACAGAAAGAGGUAAACAAGAUCUGAACGGCGGUAUUGUGUAUUUUACAGUCUCAGACUCACAGUGCAUACAACAGAGAUGUCAUUCAACCCCAUAGCAUCUCUCGGCUCACACACACACACACACACACACACACACACAAAAAAAAAAAAAAAAAAAAAAAAAAAAAAAAAAAAAAAAAAAAAAAGCAUCUCUCAGCUCACCAUCGUCAGAUUACGACUUAAGAGUCUUAGAGCAGCAGAAGAGCUGGCUUUUUCCUUAGUGUUGUGUACGGGUGCCUUUUGCCUGUGUGCGUAUGUCGCAAAAAGGGGGGGCAGUGUGCUGCUAUGCAUGAAGGCUGAAAAUAAAGUGGAGAUAGCAAGCACUGAGAUCGGCAAAGUCUCCCUCAGGGCACGGUUUCUCCUUAACAUCGGAUGGAGUUUCGCAGACGAGAUGGACGAGCUGUGUGCUUGAUCGAAUGCAGCUGAUGCGUAUGGACAAGUUCAGGCGUGCAGUGUCUUGUCACUGCAACUUUCACUG